GCUGGAGCAGCUCCGUUCAGUUGUUUACCGCGCCUCAAGCCACACACACGCAACGAGCGCUGACAAACCGGAAACUCGGGGAACCCGUGAACUGUGUCCCGUGACCCGUGAACUGCUACCCGUGACUCUGGGAAAUCGCUAGCCGUGACUCGUGUUCGGCCCGCUCGGCUGUCUUUCGUAUCUCGUAUCUGGCGUCUCAAUCGGAAUCGGAAUUGGAAUUGGAAUCGCGUCAUUGGAGUGACUGAUUUUGCGAGUUGCUUGUGCUGGAGUGUCGAAGUGUGGGGAUGAGUGCUCCUUACGUAGCGUAAGGGCUGUUACGUAAGCCAAGGACCUGCUCGCCCCGCGGAAAAGGACACAAACGCAACGCGCUCGAAUGCGUUACGUUGCGCAUGAGAUGGCGGCACGCAGUUCGCGCUACAUUUACUUCGACCACGGCCAUCGAAUCUAGUCCGCUCAUAGGAAAAGUUAUAAGUAAUUCGAGAGCCCCACAAAUUGCGCAUGAAAUGUUGGUGGAAUACUUUAUGGCGCUGCUCGUGAUCAUGGGAUUAACCGCUCCACUCGACAAGCAGAGCCGGCGCAGCAGCCAAUACUUCGGCCACCUGGCCGCCGCCGAGGAAUUGUCCAACUUGAUACCAGAUAAUUACGAUGCCAUCGAUCCGGUGUUUGACAACUCCACAAAUCGUGAGAUUAUUGCCGCUUUGGGCACCACCGCCCGUCUCCACUGCCGUGUGCGCCACCUGGGCGACCGGGCGGUGUCCUGGAUACGGCAAAGGGAUCUCCACAUCCUGACCAUCGGCAUCAUGACCUACACGAACGAUCAGCGCUUUCUGGCGCGGCACAUCGACAACUCCGACGAGUGGGUGCUCAAGAUAGUUUCGGUGCAGCAGAGGGAUGCAGGCGUCUAUGAGUGCCAGGUGUCCACGGAGCCCAAGAUCAGUCUGGCCUACAAGCUGGUCGUCGUGACCUCCAAGGCGCAGAUCCUGGCCAACCGCGAGCUGUUCAUCCAGAGUGGCAGCGACAUCAAUCUGACGUGCAUCGCACCCCAGGCACCAGGACCCUACACGCACAUGCUGUGGCACAAGGACACGGAGCUGGUGAGCGACUCGGCGCGGGGGGGCAUCCGCGUGGAGUCCGAGCAGCAGAUGAAGACCAGCAACCUGGUGAUAUCGCGUGUCCAGCACACGGACUCGGGCAACUACACCUGCUCCGCGGACAACUCGAAUUCUGACAGCGUCUUUGUGCAUAUCAUUAAGAGUGAGCAGCACGCGGCCAUGCAGCACGAGCUGGGCUCGAGGCUGGUCCUGCCCCCACUGCCCCUGCUGCUCCUGGCGGUCCUGCUGGUCGUCCUGCUGGGCCCCACCUCCAGCCUCCAGCCACGCACCCCGCUCUCAACCCGCUAAGCCGAGCCAAAGACGAGCGGCAACUUAUGUUCGAUGUCUGGAGCCAUGGGAGCCCUGUUAGUCCUGGUAGCCGGUCAUCAUCUCGUUACAGGCCACGCCCCCACGUCCCAGUAACCGCCCACAUUGGAGGAGCCCGGUGGAAAUUGCUGGAUGCGGAGGUUAACGACGUCGAUGUCGCGUUGUCUUGUAAAUAUGUAAAUUGAGUUUUUGUUUACGUUUGUGUUUGUGUUUUGUGGCUCAGUCUCUAAGUAUUUUUAUACGUAAUUAAGUAAAUAGGUCGAGAGAGCAUAUGUGCUGGCUAGGCUAAAUAUAGUCAAUCUUGGCUAUGUGGCAAAUAAGACAGAUACAUUUUGCUCACACACGAUCGCGCAUACCUAGAGAUACUAAAAACGAGCAAUCGAAUCCGAAUCGAAUCGAAUCCGUAACGAAUGUAAAUAAAUGUUUAAUCUUAAUAAUA